AUGUCAAAUGACAAGAAUAAGGUCAGGGUCAAAAUUUCUCCCGCCGAAAUAUCUGCAACAACUGAAGAGAACAAUGAAGAAGAGGACAACGGAGAGGAAGAUGAUGAUGAUGACGAUCCUACGCUGAAAGAGGAACGCGAUCGAAUUUUCAGGAAUUUGAGACAGAUGGAUCCAUUUGAUGAAAUGAAGGCAAGAGCGGACAGCGGCGGAAGUCUUUUCGGAGUUUUGAAAAAAGAAUUUGAACGCACGAGACGAGAAGAAAUUGAAAUGAUUUCAGCUGAUGUGGAAGCUAGUGUUAGUGUUACUUCCAAUGCUAAUAAAAGCCGCAAAAAGAAAAUCCUUUCAAAGAAUAAAAACAAAACAAAAAAUGACGUCUCGUCAACGGCUGUCAAAAAAAAUUUUUUAUGUCCGCCUGACCCAAACAGUUACGGUAGUCAGCAGCAGCAACAGCAGCCUCAACAACGACACCACCGCAGUAAAAGUUUAGUUCAUCGAAAAAAUACAGACGAUAGAACAAUCAUUCGCUACCUCCACGAUUACAACAAAACUUACCAAGUGAAUACAACAAAUUCUACUUUGGCAGAACCUAACAGAGGAAAUCUUUCCGACUACAGACGACAUUCAGAAGCCACCAUGAACGACAGACUCUUAAGAGAUGCACAAAUACUUACAGCUCUGGUGAAUGUUGUCGACCCUAACAUGCUUCACUUCAAUCAGCUCGUUAUAACAAAUGUUCACGCGCCACCACCCACAAUUUCCGUAACAGUAGCAACUGCAUCGGAUGCCACCGCAACAACAACUUUCUCAACUACUCAAGUGCCUAUUACAACUGAACAAAACAACAAAAUUAGCCAUUUGCCUCGCAACCGUCUUCAGUCCAUUCAACCCAUUCCGACCUUACAAAUCGGCCCUUCACAGACUGUCAACGUUUGUCGACGACGUUCAUUCUCAAUCCGACAAAAUGAAAUCUGCUACGAAGGUGACGACGAAGUUAUUUUAGUAACAAACAACGACCCCAAAGCAACUGCCGACGGACAGCCAUCUCAGGCCACGAUGAUUGGUCCCAGGGCAGAAAUACCCCUUAUAAGUACCAAAAACAGGCAACAAUCGUGGCAAGACGCCUCUGGCAGCAGACGUCGUAAAAGCAGUUUCAAAGCUUUGUUCACUAGUGGCGCUAAAGAUUUGCUAACUGGCAUUUGUUCUUCCCAGCAAUCUGACCACAUUCACCAUUCUGAGUCCGGUGGAGCGGAUGAUCUUCCGUCUUACAAAGUGGUCAUUUUGGGAGGACCUGGAGUCGGCAAGUCCGGAUUGCUUCAACAGUUCAUCACAUCUGAUUCCAUAACUCAACAAAAUAGCAGUUUUGUGCUUCCAAACAGGAUAAGCCUAAUUAAUUUUUUCCUGCUAGCAUUCGCCGUUAUUUAG